GAACUUGCAAUAUAAAUUCACCUGUUCAAUUCCAAAAUUUUUCAUUGUAUAAGAUUUCACUGAACUUGAUAUUUUAUAAGAAACGAAAUGACGACUCCAGUUUUGUACACGACGGAUGCUAGUCCUCCGUGUCGAGGAGUUUUACUGACAGCUGCUGCCCUCGGAGUUGUCUUAGAUUUUCGUCAAAUAAACCUUUUUAAUGGUGAACAACUUACUCCUGAAUUUUUGAAGAUUAAUCCAUUACACACAAUUCCAACUCUAGAUGACAAUGGCUUUUAUCUUUGGGACAGUCACGCAAUUAUGUGCUACUUGGCUGAUAAAUAUGGUAAUAAUGAUGCGGUUUAUCCGAAAGAUCUGCAAUUGAGAGCAAAAGUUAAUCAAUUCUUGCAAUUUGACAAUGGAUAUUUAUUUUCUACUAUGAGAAGUAUUUUUUACGGAAUUUUCGCAGGAGAACCAAAAGUUCAAGCUGAAAAAGUUGCGAAACUAAAUGAUGCUUACGACUCUUUGGAAAAACUUUUAGAAGGUCGCAAUUGGUUGGUGGGCGAUUCUUACACUUUGGCUGAUAUUAGUGUUGUUACAACCGUUACUACAUUGGAGGCAAUGAGACCAUUCGACAAUUAUCCGAAUAUAAAAGCAUGGGUGAAAAGAUGUGAAGAGACAAUUCCGGGAUAUGCUGAGAAUAAUUCACCAGGAGUAAAAGCAGUUCAUGGAUUUAUUAAGAGCAAAAUUCCAGAACCUAUAAAAAUGUCAAGACCUAUUUUAUAUACUGCGGACAUAAGUCCUCCGUGUAGAGGUGUUUUAUUAGCAGCAAAAGCUAUUGGACUUGAAUUAGAAACUCGUGAAACUAAUCUUCAAAGUCAAGACAAUAUGAAACCAGAAUUUGUUAAGAUGAAUCCACAACACACUAUUCCUACUUUGGAUGAUAAUGGAUUUAUACUUUGCGACAGUCAUGCAAUUAUGAAAUAUUUAGUUCUAAAGUAUGGCAAAAAUGAUUCUUUGUAUCCAAAGGAUCUUCAGACUCAGACAAAAAUUGAUCAAUUUCUUCAUUUUGAUACUGGAUAUCUGUUUGGUACAUUGAGAGCCGUUGCGAGACCAAUGUUUUUAUCUGGCAAAUACAAUGUUACGGAUGAAAAAAUUGAUAUUCUAAACAAUACGUAUGAAAUUUUCGAAAAGUGCCUUGAAGGGAAAAAAUGGUUGGUCGGCAAUUCUUAUACUUUGGCUGAUAUCAGUUGUGUUUCAACUCUUUCCAGUCUUAUGGCUUUGAGACCUUUGGACAAAUAUCCAAAUAUUCAAGCUUGGUUGAAAUUGUGUCAAGAUAAUCUUCCGGGUUAUGCUGAGAAAAAUGAUCCUGGAAAUCAGCAAUUGCAUAAAUUUUUCAUUAAUCUUUUGCCUCAUCCUCUCUAAUUUCGAUUUUGAUUCUCGUUAAUUUUUUAAUCACAAUUUUUAUUUCUUGUGAUGUCUCUAAAUUUUGUGUCGACGCUUAAGCGUUGGGAAUAUUGUUUUUAAGUAAUAUAUUUUGCAAAAUAAAAAAUUUCAUUGAAAUAAUAAAAA